AUGUAUUGUUCUCUGGGAUCCACUCUCCUUGUCCUCAAUUACAAGGUUUGGUUUUUCUAUUCGAAUAAUCUGGUACGGUCCCUGGAAUUUAUCUCCGAAUUUACUCGUUUUUUCCUCAAUUUUUGCCAAUACCCAGUCUCCCUCCUUCCAAUCUAUACUAUUAGUUGUUUUCUGUUGUUGUCUCAUUUUUUCCAUAUUCAAAUUAAGUUUGGCCCUAACCCUAUUGUGCACUUCGUCCAUCCUCUCCUUCAGUUCCUGCACAUAACCCGAGGUUUCCUCCUCUUUCUCGAUUCUAUUAAUUGCAUUUUCCGACGGCAGUCUUGCUUGGUACCCAUGGGCAACAAAGAAAGGUGUUUCUCCUAUUUGGUUAUUGAACGAAGUGUUAUAUGCGAAGGCUAGUAAAGGGAGGGCUUCCGGCCAGUUUUUCCCCUUCGUGGUCGUGGCAACCAUAUCCGCCAGGGUCCGAUUAUACCUCUCACAUUGU